AACCACAUUCAAGUGAAACCCAACAUCAUUCUCCUCUGCAGUGUCAUUUCAAAAGCCAGAUAAAAGCCAAACGAGGAGGCUGGGAAAAGAGUGAACAACGUAGCUGUUCUGAAAACCACCCUCCAUUUCAUUCUGGAGCAGGGAGGUUACACCCAGACAUCACAAAAGCUUCUCUCUUCACGGAAAAUUAACUGUUAAUCACAGAUAGAUUAACCAGAAAACUCGUGGCAGCAACUGAAAUAAAGGCAUAAUCUCCAAAAGGUAUAGUCUUACAAGCCUUAAAGAGAUUUUUUCAUUCUGCACUUAGCAAGGUCAUGGAAGAUCUAGAGGAAACAUUAUUUGAAGAACUUGAGAACUACUCCUAUGUCCUGGAAUAUUACUCCCCAGAGACUGAUUUUGAGGAGAAUGCACACCUGGGAGUCAUUCACUGGGUCUCCCUGGUGUUAUACUGUUUGGCAUUUGUUCUGGGCAUUCCAGGAAAUGCCAUAGUCAUUUGGUUCACGGGAUUCAAGUGGAAGAAGACAGUCACCACUCUCUGGUUCCUCAAUCUGGCCAUUGCAGAUUUCAUUUUUCUUCUCUUCCUGCCCCUGUACAUCUCUUACGUGGCCAUGAAUUUCCACUGGCCCUUUGGCAUCUGGUUGUGCAAGGCCAAUUCCUUCAUUGCCCAGUUGAACAUGUUUGCCAGUGUUUUUUUCCUGACAGUGAUCAGCCUGGACCGCUAUAUCUACUUGAUCCAUCCUGUCUUAUCACAUCGGCACCGGACCCUAAGGAACUCUCUGAUUGUUAUUAUAUUCAUUUGGCUUUUGGCUUCACUCAUAGGUGGUCCAGCCCUAUUCUUCCGGGACACUCUGGAGUUCAAUAACCACACUCUUUGCUAUAACAAUUUCCACGAGCAUGAUCCUGACCUCACGUUGAUGAGACACCACCUUCUGACCUGGCUGAAAUUUAUUAUUGGGUACCUCUUCCCUUUGCUAACAAUGAGCAUUUGCUACUUGUGUCUCAUCUUCAAGGUGAAGAAGCGAAGCAUCCUGAUCUCCAGUAAGCAUUUCUGGACCAUCCUGGCAGUGGUCGUGGCCUUUUUGAUUUGCUGGACCCCUUAUCAUCUGUUUAGCAUUUGGGAACUCACAAUUCACCACAAUAGCUAUUUCCACCAAGUGCUGCAGGCUGGAAUCCCCCUCUCCACUGGCUUGGCAUUCCUCAAUAGUUGCUUGAACCCCAUCCUUUAUGUCUUAAUUAGUAAGAAGUUCCAAGCACGCUUUCGCACCUCCGUUGCUGAGAUACUGAAAUAUACGCUGUGGGAGGUCAGCUGUUCUGGCACAGUGAGUGAACAGCUCAAGAACUCUGAAGCCAAGAAUCCGUGUCUCCUGGAAACAGCCCAGUGAAUUCUUCCUCUUCCAGAAAUCAGUGUCCAGCUUUUGUGUGGAUCCCCUGACAGAUGCUUUCAGAUUAUUUGGCUCCAAGAUAUAAAGCUCACUAUAUCUUUUUAUUGUUUUUGGUCAUUUUAUUGGCAUUGCAUUUUUCUGUGGAUGUAAGACAUAAGAAGGAUCUUCAAUUUUUUUUUCUGCAGCUUAUCUGAGCUAUUCUUGCUAAAUAUAACACAGUGGAUUAAUCAACACUAUUUUUUUUUCAAUUUUAAUGACUUUUUUUUUACAUUUUUUAUUGAGUUAUAGUCAUUUUACAAUGUUGUGUCA